AUGAGUGUGAGCUAUCUAACUUUUGUGAAGCUCCUGCAACCAAUCAUCAUACUCACGUUGCUCUUGCAGGCUGAGUUGUUCAUCAUAGGCUCAUGUUGGAGAACUGGAGAUGCGAACACUAGUUGCCUGCACAAGGAAAGACGAGCCCUUCUCAACAUGAAGAAUGCCUUCGUGGAUGAUUCGGGUCGUUUGUCUUCAUGGGGCUCUUCUCCAGAUUGUUGCCAUUGGAGUGGUGUUCUCUGCAAUCCUGACACUGGCCAUGUUGAGAUGCUGCAUCUUCAUGGUGAUUUUGAGACCAAGCAACCUUUAAGAGGUGAGAUUAGCUCAUCAUUGACAGAGUUGCAAAAGUUAAAUUAUUUAGAUCUUAGUUUCAAUGAUUUCAAUGGCAGUCAAAUCCCAAAAUUCCUUGCUUCCCUCUCCAAAUUAAGAUACCUCGGUCUCUCUGAUUCUUCUUUUGGCAAAGAAAUACCAACUGAACUUGGCAAGCUUUCAAACUUGCGAAUUCUAAAUCAUUCGGACAAUUCUUUGGUUGGUAAUAUACCUUUCCAUCUUGCAAACCUUUUAGGUCUACAAGAGCUCCACCUUGAUUGGAAUCAUUUAGUGGGCAAUAUCCCUAGCCAACUUGGUAAUCUUUCAAGCUUAAAGAUACUUUCAAUUGGCAACAAUGAUGCUUUGGAACUUGAUGACAAGAGCUUGGUCAACUUUGAGUGGCUUUCCAAUCUUCAGUCAUUAAUUUUGCUUGAUUUAAGCUCUGUUUUUAAUCUUAAUUACUCUAGCAAAUUGUUGCCAAUUAUUGGCAAGCUUCCAAACUUGAGAGAGCUAUGGCUUGCAAACUAUAGCCUGACAGACAAUAAUAUUCUCUCAACUCCUCCAUCCCAUUUGAAUUUUUCUACAUCUCUUGUGACUCUUGUUUUCGAUGACAACAAGCUCACAUCAUCAUUAUUCCCUUGGCUGUUCAAUCUAAGCUCUAAUCUUGCAGACCUUUCUCUACAAAAUAACCACUUUACUGGUCCCAUUCCAGUCGAUUUUGGAAAAAACAUGAACUCUUUAGUGUCCGUUUGUCUUUCUGAUAACGAGCUAAAUGGAACAAUCAGUGACAUCCAUUUUGAUAACCUCACCAAGUUACAAGACUUGGAAUUAUCUAAUAACUUGUUGACCCUCAAAUUCAGCAACCAUUGGAUUCCACCUUUUCAAUUACGAGUACUAGGGUUAGCACACUGUAAGUUGGGUCCUGGAUUUCCUAGAUGGCUUCGCACUCAAAAUAAUUUACAAGUUUUAUCUAUUUUUGAUGCUGAAAUCAAUGAUUCUAUACCAAAGUGGUUUUGGAGACUUAUAGAGGGAGCAAAUGUACUUCAAAUAGAAUCCAGCAAUCUCACAAGGGCAAUUCCAGAUUGGCCACUUGAAUUUAAUGUUUAUGAUAUACCAUUCGCUUCAAAUCAAAUUAAAGGUGCCAUUCCACCAUUCCUGCUAAAGAUUCGAUCUUUAGACAUUUCACAAAAUCAAAUUUCAAAAUUUGUUCUUCCAUGUGACAAGCAAAUGAGUGCAAUUGUUGAAAAUUUGGCAGUUUUAAAUCUCUCAAGUAAUAAUUUAUUGGGGCAACUUCCUAAUUGUUGGGAUCAUUUCAAAUCUUUAAGGAUUUUGGAUUUAUCUAAUAAUCAACUCUCAGGAAGGGUUCCUAACUCUAUAGGGUCCUUAACUCAACUUAAGAUGUUAGUUUUGCGAAACAAUCGCUUCAGUGGUGGACUUCCCUCCUUGGAGAAUACAAAUGAAAUGGGAAUGUUAGAUUUGGAAAAAAAAAUUACUUGUUAG